CUAAUUUCAAAUGAAUAACGUACAUAGCUAUUCUCUCGCAAAAAGAGUCUCGUUUUUUUUAAGUACAAGACUUUCUAUUAUUAUUGAGGUGGAACUUGUUCCUGGCAUCUCCUAGGAGUUCCAAGCGGAUCAAGGACAUGCAAGAGUCGCACGACAUUUUGGUGCAAAGUUUGGUGAGCAAUAUACUUCAGCAACCUAGAAAUAUUGGGGUACCAGAUCCUGGUUAAAAAUUCCCCGAACUGUCUAGGAUAUAGACGUACUGUACGAUGGGGAGUACGAUUUUGAUACUGAGCCAAGGGUGGAUACUAGAACAUGUUUACGAGUCCGAGUCCGGCGCCUUAUGAAGCAUCUUCACCACCACACCUAAGGCUGAAGCUUGAAACGCCUCCAACCAAUAUGACGCCCUUUCUCGCAACUCACUGGUUAAUGCGCCAAUAAUAAAGCUAUUGGAAUUUGGAUGCAGCAACGGACCUUUAAUGUGGUCCGUGGAGUCCGCCGAGUCAGGGUCCACGAAUUGCAAGCGCCACAACCAGUAGGUUGACACGGAAUACACCUCCAACUUUCUGAGGCUUAGAUGUAUACGUGAGCAGAUUCGAGAGCUCUACGUAGUACCAUGCAUGUACUUUCUGCCCGAAUACUUCGUAGCUUCAAAGAGCUAAGUCCAAAGUUUUAAUGCGGUGGAUCUCCGGAGGGUUUCGAGACUCCACGAAUAACACAAUUUUAGACCCCGAAAGAUUGACGGGACAACUAAUCGUUGUCUGGAAAAGGCCUCCGAGAAUAUAUGACACCGCAUAAUUUGUUGAACACAGUGGUCGUCGUCCUAUGGAUGAGCUUUGCCUAAAGUAGAGUAGGGUUGCCAAGAUCAACGGUAUGCGUUCUCUACCGUGCGUGUUGACUUUCAUGACGAUGGGUCUAUAGCUCGGCCGGCGGGGUACAUAAAGAAGAAGACCACCCAUCAUUUUUAUCAUCAUCAACAGCAUCUUCAAUCAACUCACUCAAUCAACAAUCUCAACACAUUACAAUCACCCAAAUACCCUUCCCAACAACCUCAUCAAACUAUCAAAAUGGCCGUUCUUGGACUCGUUAUCUCUCCAGCUCUCUCUGAUGCCACCAAGGCUAUCAUGCAGACUGAGAUUCCAGCAAUCAUCGCCGCUGUCAAGUCUUCUCCUGGUGUGAAGGCUGUCUAUGCCGGUCCCCUCGUUGCUGAGAAGGGAGCUCCAGCUACCGCUACGAAGAUGGUUCAAUUGAUUGGUAAGUCUCUCUUAACUACUGUUAUCAUCCUCAACACAGUCUAACGAUAUUAACAGAAUUCGAAAGCGUCGAGGCUGCCGCAGCUCUCAGAACCAACCCACCAGCAGCAGUCGAGGCCCUCAAGGCCAAGCACGAUCUCCCAGAGCCAGAAGUCUCCAACCUUUUCGAAUUGGAAACUGCUCCAUCCGCAGCCGACCUCCAAGCUGUUACUUCAAUCACCGUCCUCUCUAUCAGCGACGCUUCCAAGAGCGAUGAGGCCCGCAGCACAAUGGGCAGCUUGAUGGGUGGUUCUUCAGAGAAGAAGGUCUUCGGAGGAAAGAGCGUCAAGACCCCAGGCCAGGGUGUUGUCAUCGUCUCCUUCGGCAGCCGAGAGGAGAUUGUAGCUGCAGAAUCCAGCCCACAGGCUGCUGCUGGAAAGGAGGCCUGGGCCAAAUAUGGUACCAUGGAGAACUUCUUGACCACUCUUCAAGCCGCAUAGAUGGAAGAUACAAUGGCAUUGGUUUAGUGCGGUUUAUCGGCAUCUGAACCCUGGAGGUUUUGGUCUACCUAGCUAGAUAAUGACUUUGAAAAUUGAGAUCAUUGCAUACUCAA